AUGUCUACUAGCACCAAUGCUGAAAUUAGUGACAAUGCUCACCAUAAUUUGGCCCAAGCAAACUCAUCUGGUGGUUGGUUCCCUGCAAGACACAAUUUCGACCCAUCACUGGUUACCAGUCCGGCGACGUCAAGUGUUGUCAGAGCAACUCGAACGUUCCCUCUGCCUAGGGACCUGUUCCACCCAAAUGUAGGUGUCCCUGUCCAAUCAGGGAUCGGGAGCCAACAAGGUCACUCCUUGAAGCCAAGAGAUCGGUCUUACACUGGGCCUAUUGACUUUUCUUAUGUCUCGGACCACUAUCAGCCCAAGCCUGACUGGUUCAUCCCCUAUCUUGACAAACAUGGAUGUUUACCAAGUGGAACACGGUUUUCACAGCUAAUACGAAGAAGCUCAGGAGCGCUAGAGGGUUGUGGCAUGUGUAAAGGCCCUGUAGAGGACGGUGUUUUAGUCUUGAGUCCUGAUGAUUGGAUGGCUCAUGCUUCCCUCAUUCACAGCACUCACUUUGUUUCCUUCAUACAUGAGGACAAGAAAUGGUACACAGUGCCUGUUGGUAUCCCACUGGAGAACGCAAUGCCACAAGCCCACUCAACCGCGGGCACAUUCGGAUCUGGAUCUGCCGAAUUAGCAUCAUCAGUGCCUCAAGGUCAUCACAUGGUUUUAGGACCAAGUAGCCAGGUAGUCGCAAGCAACGAGGGGGACACCGAAGCAGCGCACUUCCGUGCCGGUACUUCGGGAUAUGCAAGAACCGAUUUCAGCCUUCCCAUUAUUGAUCUUGACUCAGCAAACAACAUUGCAAUUGCCCCCUUCUGGCUGUCACAUCAUGUCGGUCAGAAACACCUCCCAGAGGGAACAUGUUUUUCAGAACCAUUCAUAAAUCAUACACAUCGUGACAUGCUGUGUGCCGUAUGUGGGACCCGUGUCGAGACAGGUAUCUGGACUGUGGGCCCAAAGAGGGACAGAAAAGCAUUGAUACAUCCCGAUCACUUAGAGAAGAUCAAUGAUGGCAAGAACACGUCCCUCCUGCUCAAAGACGCACCUACUUUAUCUCGAAACUCAGGAAGUCUUACCAAUUGGAACACAAGUCUCAGAGAUGGUCCGGUGCACCUCAGGGCAGCCUGUUACGGGGUAACAACGAAUCGAGAGGACUCUAUCGAGUUCGACGGAUUAGGACAGAGGAAAGCGGGAGUUGGAGGCAGUGCUGCAAGGAGACACGAUCCAUUAGCACCAGAGCCCCUAGAUUUCCACGAGACCUCCAUCGAGUUCGACCCAACCUGCGACCUAGUCGUCGUGUUUCCAGUACCGUUACAAGUUGAAGAAUCAGCCUUACGCACCUUGGGUCGAAUCGGAGAGUACUGUAUGCUCACCAGAGGGAAAGCGCGGAAAAUGAUACCAGAAAAAGAGGAGUUGGAACAAGGGCUGGUCCCAGAGGAAGAAAUACCAACAAGUUCUUCGAGAAGUACCAUUUCACAUGAUCUCACUUCUACUACCACUACCCCAGAUCCGCUAAAUGAAUUAUCGCAGCAGUUGUCACAAUUGUUAGCCAUUAUGACGAUGCAACAGAAAGAACAAAAUGCAUUAAGGGAAGAACUGGCUACGAUGAAAGCUGACCGACAGAACCAACAGAUACUCACAUCGAAAGGGGCAAGUUUGAUCGAAGUCGAAGAAAACAAGCCGUGUUUGGAGCCAAAACUUACCAACAACGAACGAACAGGAAGAACCAGGUGUGCGGAUCCACCUACCUUCAGUGGAGAACGAGGAGAAUUGGACAACUUCCUUGCAGCAUGUCACAUGAACUUCGAAUUCAAAGGGGCAGAGUACGCCACCAAUCGCAGAAAGAUCCUGUUCAUGUACGGGUAUCUUCGAGGCACCCCUCAAAUGCUUAUAACCCCGGCCAUAACCAAUCCAAUGGUAAAUAACACCGACCCUCGAACCAAAUCGGACUGGAUCUAUUUCAAACAGCAUGUGAUAGGGACUGAGGAGAACCAACGGAUGGCUGAAACGAUGAUUGCAGCGAAUCGAUGGGCUGCUAGACGCAAACAUGAGACGACCUGGCUUCCCCCUCGAUCGAAUUCGAUGCGAUUGGAUACUAGUUUGCCCAACCCGGUAGAACGCCACUCACAAUCGACUGGUAGAGGACCCUUGCCCGGUGGAAAACCAGGGAUGAUGAAUUAUGGUCUACCAAAUGACCCUCCGGUCACUUGGACAGAGGACGGAGGACGUCUCAGCGAGAACGAAAUGACUUGGAGGAGGGAGAACCGACGUUGUCUCAAAUGUAGAAGUCCAGAACAUUACGCCAACAACUGUCCAAAUGGAGGAAAUACGAGAAACAACAUUAGGGGAUCCCCAAACCCGCAUAGCUCACCGAUUCCUAGUGGAUCGAACUCGAUCCCAACUGGAUCCAAAGGGCCAUUAGUUCGACGAAUGGCGGUGACCUUUGAAGAAGAGGGAAACGACUACCUGGCCUAA